GUGGCUCCUUUAACAACCUUGGAGUGCUGGACGACCACAGCUUAUUGAAGACUCCUGACCUAAGGACCUGAAGAAGGGUAGGUGACUGGGAGUCACCUGCUAGAACCACUCCCAUGUGAGGACAGAUGACCAUAUGGACAGGUUAACUCUGCCCAACAGAGAAGCAUGGCCUGGCGGAGGUCACAUCUCCUGGUUGCCAAAUGCACUCUUCUUCACAGAAGGCUGGCUUGUUGCUCCUCUUGCUAUGAUGCCUGGGCAGAUCCCAGACCCUUCUGUGACCGCAGGCUCUCUGCCAGGGCUUGGCCCUCUCACCGGACUCCCCAGCUCGGCUCUGACUGCAGAGGAGCUGAAAUACGCUGACAUUCGCAACAUUGGGGCCAUGAUCGCGCCCUUGCACUUCCUGGAGGUAAAACUGGGCAAGAGGCCCCAGCCCAUGAAAAGUGAGCUGGACGAGGAGGAGGAGCGAAGGAAAAGGCGCCGGGAGAAGAACAAAGUGGCAGCAGCCCGCUGCCGGAACAAGAAGAAGGAGCGCACGGAGUUUCUGCAGCGGGAGUCUGAGCGGCUGGAGCUUAUGAACGCCGAGCUGAAGACCCAGAUCGAGGAGCUGAAGCAGGAGCGGCAGCAGCUCAUUCUUAUGCUGAACCGCCACCGCCCCACCUGCAUUGUCCGCACCGACAGCGUCAAGACCCCAGAGUCUGAAGGCAACCCCCUGCUGGAGCAGCUGGAGAAGAAGUGAGCGUGGGCUGGGAGGAGUCCAAGGAGGAAGAGGAAGAGCAGGAGAGACAGAGAGGGAGGAGAUGACUUCCAGAGGGCCCUUCCCUGGGACACGAGAAACUGCAAUGAGGCUCAGUGCAGCUGGCAUCCAGCGGGCUUUUCUGUGACACUCAGAGCAGCCACCCAAGGUGAAGAGCAGGCUGGAAACCCAGAUGCUGAGACCAAAGUUGACCCAUGCGUAGGGCUGUGAUGCCUGGAGCCCAGCCUGAAGGAGGCAGGGGCAGAGAGAUGCCCAGUCAGGCAGCCUGGGGUGCUCCUCCGGCCUCUGCUAGGGCACUCACUCAAGGAACCACCACGCAGCCAGGAAAAGCCAUGAGUUGCAACCAAAAUGCAGCCGAGGACGGCCCUCGGCAUGAACUGCAGCCCUCCUGCCCCAGCCCUGCUCUGCCUGGAUGUAAAGCUGGCCGGGACUGCUGCAGGGCUCGAUGCCCUGCCCAGGAGGCGCAGCUGGUGCACCCUCCCUGGCCCUGUUGGAGUCCGCUGCGGGCGUGAGGCGCGGGCGCCCUUCCAAAGCACACACUCACUGAAUGUUUACAGACUGGCCGUCCGGGCGGGGCUUCCAACUGCACAUGUUUUUUAUACUUUCUUUUUUUUUUUUUUUUUUUUAUUUUUUACAAAAAAAGAUUUUAUACAAGCAAUAUAUAUAUGGAUUUCUAUAGUCACUUGAUGUGAUACAGUAUAAAUAUGCUAUGGUUUGAUACGGACAGAUAUUCACCAGUUAUGGCUGUUGUGUUAACUCCUAAGUACCGUAGUCUCUGGGUGUCAGGGAUAGCCGGGGUGGGUGGGGUGCAUUUCCAGCCCUGUAAGCCCUUCCUAGUACUCAGUCCUGUACCACUCAGUAAACAUCGCUCUUAUUACCCAGCUUCCUCGAGUGGUGUCUGCCUGGGGAGGGGUCCUGCAGACAUGCCCA